AUGGCACAUUUGAGAGCCCACUUUGCUUUCAGGUCUCGCUGGCACAAGACCGACGAUGAACUCUGUCGACACAGCACGUCCUUGAUCCUGCAUCGGGCCAUCCGCACCGAUUUCUUUCAGAGUUACCUCUACCUGCUGGAAAACCUUCCUCUGGUGAAACUCUAUGCACUAACGAGCCAAGUUAUCAACGGUGAGAUGCAAUUUUAUGCCAGAGCUAAACUGUUCUAUAGCGAGGUGCCAGCGACGGAAGAGGGCAUGAUGGGAGAUUAUUCUGAACUUUCCAGCACGGAUGUCGAAUCGUCUCGGGAAUUUCUCCGAAGGUUUGUUGGGGGCCCUGGAAAAACCGGCACCGACUGUGCCCUGGACUGUGGUUCUGGGAUAGGAAGGGUCAGCAAACACGUCCUGCUGCCCGUGUUCAAUCGCGUGGAGCUCGUGGACAUGAUGGAACCCUUCCUGGCCGAAGCCCCGAACUAUCUGCGUGUCGGAGGGGACAAAGUUGAAACCUUCAACUGUUACAGCCUCCAGGAGUUCACUCCCACUCAUGGAAAAUAUGACGUCAUUUGGAUCCAGUGGGUGUCUGGAUACCUAACCGACAAAGACCUUCUAGAGUUUCUGUCCCGGUGCCGGGAAGGCCUGAAAGAGAACGGCCUGGUCAUCCUGAAGGACAAUGUUGCCCGGGAGGGCUGUGUCCUAGACACGUUGGACAGCAGUGUGAUCCGAGACAUGGAGAUCCUCCGGAGCCUCGUAGAGAAGAGUGGCCUGGAGCUCCUGGGGGAGGAGAAACAAGAGGGCUUCCCGGACCAGUGUGUUCCCGUGUGGAUGCUUGCCUUGCACGACGCUGGCCGUUCUUUAAAAUGGGGAACCCCCCGGGGAGAACAGAUGCUGUCAGAAACCCGAGGUGGAACUUCAAGUGAGGGAAGCGGAAAUUGGAAGGGGCAUAUGAACGGAGGUAGUGAGCGACUGCUCAUUUGUCAAUUCGCUUGUUCGCUUUGA